AUGCGCACCCCGUCCGGCUCGUCCUACCUGGCGACGGCCGCCUCGUUCUCGGCAGCAGAACACCGGGGGAUGAUGCAGAUUAUGCCGCUGAUAGCACAUCUCCCGGAGCGCGAGGACAUCGCACGCGCCACCGUGCUGUUCUCGGAGUGGUAUGCCGCCUGCUUCCGGGUCGAUUUCCACACUGAUGAGUCGCUCGUCGAGGUGGAGGCCUUGACAACCAGGGUGGUGGAGGCGCACGUGAUAGCGUACCCGAAGCAGCGUUCAGAGUGGAGGCUCGUGAAGGUCCACCUGCUGUCCCAUCUCUCUGCGACGAUCCGGGACCGGGGCAUGCCGCUCCAGUACUCGACCAAUCUGUACGAGCACACGCACAAGACAACCGUGAAGCGGCCGGCUCGCGGUGGCAACUGGAGAAACGCAACGGAGCGCAUAGUGCAGAAGCAUGUGCAGCUGGCCGCCGCCAAAGAGCUGGCGAGGGAGAGCGGGGGUGAUGCGGUGUACGUCACGGCCAUGCACCAGGCCACCGAGGGGCAGCGCCGUGUCCUCACGCGAACAAGCAGGCGACUCCUCGUUGGGGACACCACGGACAGGUGCUACUCUGAGUAUCUCUCCCAACUUGGACAUGUGGCGCUAGCUGCGCUACCCGGUGCAUUGAGGGCGGCGCGUGUCACCACGCGCACCCUUUACGCGCACACGGCGCUAGCGAUCCCGCCACACAACCGCAUGGAGUGGACCUCGCGGGGGCAGUUUGUGAAGGCCACCCCGGCGCAGCCGCUCUUUUCUCACAUUGCCAUUGCUGCUAGGCGGAACGUGUGGUACGGCCAGUGUCUCAUCCUCUUCCAUUUCAUGGACAGCGCAGGGAUGGCGCACGAGCGUGCGUUUGUGAGGUACUAUGACGAGGAGGAGCGCUGCUGCCCUGCCACGGGCUGCAAGAGGCUAUCCCCAACAGUGGGGGAGAAUGCGUUUUCAGUGAUUGAGCUUGACUCCAUCCUCUCUCUCGCUCACAUUGUGCGAGAUUCACAUGUUCCUACUCCUCUCCCCACUCGCUCUUCUUCCCUCUACCCCAACCCGCCCCAUUCUCCUCCCCCCAGCCCCCUCCCCGCACUCUCAGGCGCAGCCAAGCUGAUUGUCAGGAGCGCGUGUACUGCUUCCAGGUGCAUCAUCAACGCGAAUAGUGCCUUCCCCAUAUUCACCUCCCCUUCGUCCGGCCCCACGGGGGGGCAGUUGACUCUGGUCAACCUCAGCUUCGUGGGGUUGACAGGAGGCGUCUUUCGCAACGUGCAGGCGACCAUCAACGUGACUGGAUGCGAAUUCGCCAACAACACGGCUCCUAGCGGUGGUGUGCUCAGUGACUCCUUCCCUGCAGCAGUCACCCCUCCCAGCCGCCUCUUCUCGAAAUGCACCUUCCGCAACAACACACGGGCAAUCGUCAUCAACGGGGAGAGCCCCGAGCGGAGCGUGCCUGCUACGUCGUUUGUGAGCUGUGUCUUCCGAGACAACAGUGCGCCCAUGAGCAAGUUGGGGCUGGAGGGGCCAUCUUCUCUCUAG